AUGGGAUGUGUUGGACUCACAAUUUCCAGCACCUUCUGCUGCUUCUCGCGCCGAAAGGGAGACUUGACAAGUCGAGCUAUCUGCCGAAAACACUCCAUAGUGACUUCAGGUGUUUGUUGUUUAGGUGGUGAUGAUGAUUAUGAUGAUGAUGAUGAAUCAAGCGAGUGUCGUAAGGUGAGAAUGGUGGUAGUGAACGAGAGAUCGAGAUCGGUCACUAUCUACAAAGGCAGGGACCGAUGCCAAUUAAGAAACACAAAAAGCAAAGAUAGUGCUAGUUCAAGCAACCAGCAGAUCGAUCAACAAAAAAGCGAGCGAGCGAGCGAGCGUGAGAUGACAGCCUUAUGUUAUGUGCCGGAAACUGAUUGGAAGCAUUGCUAUCUAGGUGGCACUGAAAGCCUUACGUACCCAAAACAGGGCGCCAUACAUUGUGAAAUUGAUGAAUUAAGUUUCGCAUUCGUCAUCCCCAUAUGGAGGGGGGGAGGAUUAAUUGUUGGUGGUGGUGGCUUGGAUCACCGAUCGGCCCCAACUUGGGCUGGCUGGCCCCCAUUUUGUCCGAAAAUAAUCCAGAAACAUAAGGGGGAAAAUACUACUGGGGGCAAUGGUUACGAAGUAAACUAUCCUGCUGUCAUUGUUACGAUUGCCAGACCCUGGAUACAGAAAAUGAGUAGUAACUACCGAGAUGAAAGGGAGAAGAAGAAGAAGAGGGAUGGUGGCGAUACCUAA